AAAAUCUUGACAAAAAAAAAUACACAGAAAUAUAUAAAACUUUUGGUAUAAAAAGAGGGAAGUAGGAAGCGGGAAAUGGAAGGGUUAUGAUUUCAUUUCUGAGCGGCGCCGUUCAACAAUGGUACUUAGCGGCAGAGAAAGUUUGAUUCGAUCAAUCGGAAAACGUCGUCGUUUCCUUCCCAAUCGUCAUUCUAUCCUCUCCGAUCCCAUUCCUCUGUCACACCAGCAACCGGAACAACCUACUACAGCCGGUAGCGACUCCCUCGAAAAUGACGUCGUUAUCUGCCCCGUUUGUUCACUCUCUCUUCCCGAUGAUAACCGCCUCAUCAACUCUCAUCUCGAUUCGUGUCUCUCUGAACCUAAACGAAGUGGAACGAAACGAAAACUCACACAACGGACCCUACUUCAGUUAAACUUCACACGCCCUGAUAAUCUCACACACGAGCCUUCACACGUGUUGGAUACAACGUGUCAAGAACAAUUAGUGUUCUCUGAAAAUCACAGUGUUGAUGUUGAUCUUGUGGAUUCUGCAAUUGUAGCCACUGCAACUUCUUCGUCGCUGUCCCUGAAUUUCAACGAGAUUGACACUGAUCAUCAUGAUGUUAUUGAAAAGAAUGAUGUUGAUGAUGAUGAUAGAUGUGAUAUUUUUGGAGUGAAGUUUGAGACUUUGAUUGUGGGUCGGAGAUAUGCUGAUAAGGAAGAUGUAUGUAUUGGAGACAAUUUGUCUCUUUUGAGAGAUACGCAGAAUGUUAAGGAUCCAAAUGCCAUCAAGGUUGUUUCUGCAGACUCUGCGUCUUCUAAAUUUCUAGGUUAUCUUCCUCGCGAGCCGGCACAAUAUCUAUCUCCACUAAUUGGCAACUACAACGUUGUAUUUCAGGGACAUGUCACUUCUGUUCCGAAACAGCCUACUGAUGCUGUUCCAAUUCAGAUUAUGUGCCACAGAACACCAGAUGGUGAAAUAGAGUAUGAAGAUGAGACCUUUAGAUGCUUGUGGAAGAAGGCUCGGCAUGUUGUUGAGUCUGCUAUCAAGAAUCCUUCAUCUGUAAAGUACCAGAUGAAUUUUUGUCUUAUGCUACAAGAGGUGUUAAGAAAUAAUAUUCACCUUCUAACAGAAGAUGAAAAAACCUAUACGGAGUCAUUCACUUCAUUCUCAAAUGACAGCCAGAGGCUCUUCCUUCGGCUAUACACUAGAAAAGGACCUUGGUUUCGUAUGUCUAGUAUAUCGUAUCCCGAGAUAUUUGAUGCUCAAAAGGCAGUCAAGGAACUUGCUGAGAAAGAAUACAUAUGCUCUCUUGAAGAUGGAAAUCAACUAUGUGAAAGUGACAUGAAUGAUAUAUUGGAUGUGCUCACUGUCUCUGAGCUGCGUGAAAUUUGGUCUUUCUUGCUUAAAAAGAGUUGUGGUCACGGGAUGAAGAAGCAAGAUCUAAUUUCAUCUAUUCUUUCUACAUAUGCAGGAUUAUGGACACACCUAUCAACCAUGAUUUUGGAUAGAACUGGUUUCUGUGUCAAGAUUUCUUCAAAAGCUGAAUCUCUUAUCUGGCGUAUCGAGAGGCUUUUCUUCUUAAAUGGAGAGCAGGAUCUCUCGUCCUUUCUACUAGUUGAUAUUGGAAAAGUCAAAUAUCCAACUUAUACCUGCACAGUAUUGGAACCAAUAUUCUCAAGUCGCACGAAUCUUCUUGCAUACGAAGAGGCCAUUGAACUGGCACAAAUUAUGGAUGAAGCUCUUGAUGCAAACAAAACUGAUGUAGUAUUGAGGUGCAUAAAGAUUGCUGAGUCCCGUGUAUCCACUGUGUUGCCCAUUGAAUACUUGACUUCUGAAUCAGUGUCUACAUUCCAUCACUUAUUUACAGCACCAUGGGUAUACUCCAAAGUGAUCACAUUAGGGAUUUCCUUUCUUGAGCAAGAGCGGAGGUACAGUGAUGCAGUUGACUUACUUAAAUGGCUGCAAAAUGUUUACACUUGUGAUGUAAAAAGAGGAUAUUGGACACUGAGAUUAUCCGUUGACCUGGAGCAUCUGGGUUACAUUGAUGAGAGCCUUCAAGUGGCUGAAAAUGGAUUGCUGGAUCCAUGGGUACGAGCUGGUUCUAGAAUGGCAUUGCAAAGACGGGUUCUUCGCUUAGGAAAACCACCAAGACGGUGGAAAGUUCCUAGUUUUUCUAGGUCUGUACUGCGUAAGAUCCCUGAGGUUUAUGUUCAAGGAAGACCUUUGAAUUCUGAAUUAGGAGCAAAAAACCGGUUUUACAAUGAAGAAGGGACGCAAUGCGGAGUAGAAGAGCUUGCUUUGCAUUAUUAUGCCGGGGAGGGAUGGCAAGGUGUUCAUACAGAGAGUGGCAUAUGGUUAACUGUUUUUGGGCUUCUUAUGUGGGAUGUAAUAUAUGCUGAUGUGCCUAAUGUCUUCUAUACUAGAUUUCAGAAUGCUCCUUUGGAUUUGGGUACUGAUAGCUUUUAUACGGCGAGAAAGAGUAUCGUAGAAUCACAUAUGCAGCAAAUUCGUGAUGGCAUGGCUGAGGAGUUUCUUAUUAAGUCAUGGGAAACACAUAAUGGGACAUCUUGUAGAGGAGUUAACUGGGACCGCCAUUCCUUAGACGAGCUUCGUGCUGCUGUUACUUGUGUUGGGGGUUCUUGUUUGGCCUCUUUUUGCCUGCUUCUUUGUGAAGACUAUCGAAGUUGGUCUAGUGGAAUGCCUGACCUGCUGCUGUGGCGUUUCUGUGGAGAAUACAGUGGUGAAGCUAAGCUUGUUGAAGUGAAAGGUCCUAAGGAUCGACUCUCGGAACAGCAGCGAGCAUGGCUACUGAUGCUUAUGGAUUGUGGAUUCAUGGUCGAGGUUUGUAAAGUGAAACCUUUAUAGAUAAACACAAAUCGUUACAGGCUGCUUAAAAGUACAGUAGAAGCACAUAGAGGAUUACAGCUCCCAGAAAUAUUUCUUCAUGAGAAGAGUUCGCUUUGCAAAAUUCCACUAUCAAUAAGCAUUAUUCUUGGAACAAUAAGUGCUCUGGAUCAAAAGUGAACUGUUCUGAAUUGAAAGUAAGGAAUAUGAGGAAGUCAAUGAACUGAUAUGAAAUACCGAAGCUCAGAUCAAUAUAUAUUAUAUAUUUUUGAAUAGACAAAUGUUUGCGGUUAAUUUGUUUGGGGAGGAGGAAGUUGUUAGCAGCAGGGAUCGAACUUGGACUUCUUAAUUCUAAGUAGGAUUUCCAACCUAUACCAUUGGACUACACCUUCAGAGACUCAAAUCAAAAUAUAUUGGUCCUGCGUAAUGGUGUAUGUGCAAGGGGUUCUGAGAUAUUUGCAUUGGAUUCCAUCCUCCUAUGGAUUUGCAGAUUCUGAAGCAAAUCUUUUCAUGCUAAAAGUCUUAUUCUAUUUUUACUUUUUUGCCUCAUUCAGUCAUUCCUUACCAAGUCUCCAAAAUGAUAGUCAAGACUUUGGUUUGUUAAGUGAGAUGAGCUAUUUCAUGUAAAUCGAAUUAUUGAUCAUAUAUGAAAAGAACAAAAAAAAUGAUGUUACCCUCAAUCACACAAGUGAGUAUGAUUUGUUCCA